UGAUGCAGUGGACGCGGCACUAGAAGCUCCUUUCUGGUUAGAAAAUUACUCUGGCAUGUCGCUCUUUGUACGUGAACAGUUUCAGGAUGCAGCAUUGUUAUCCGACAAUGGUGGAGCUCAGUCGAAGCGGACCUUGCGCAUGACGCAACAGGAGACAAGAAAUAUGCUUAAGACACGCAUCUUUUUCAGUUUCACUCAUCGCUGGCUACAACUAAUAGAUUUCGUGUAAAUAGAGAUUGAGAGCUAAAUUACUUAUAAAUAUAUAAAAGCAAAAGGUGUCCGGACAAAUUCAAAUGGGCUCGUCUUCUUGCUGCCUCUAAGAAAGAACGCGCGACGGAGCAAUCUCGUGACUUUAGCGAGCUUUUCCAGAACAAAAAUGUUGGAAUAAGAUGCGGACCUCCGGGUUCUUCUGCGGGGCUAGGAGGAGGCUUGCAGUUCGCUGAAAACCUCAUUUACGGGGCUUCAGGAGCAGUCA